CCAUCACUUCAAAGUUAAAAAUGUAAACAAGUUUCCAAAUAUGAAAAAUAUUAAACUACAGACAGUUGAAAAUAUAUUAACCAUCAUCCAUUAGAAAAUAUGAUUUCAAAUACAUUGGGUACUUCCAAUGUCCCAGGAUAAAAGAAAAUGAAAAAACAAUUUGCAUCAUGAACAAAGGAAAACAGGCUACUCUGUUUCAGAGUUGGGGACAAAAGAAAAAGGAUGUACAAACAGAUAAUAAAGGCAGCAGUGACGUUAUUGAUCUUUGUGAGGGUUUGGAUGAAGAUGAUGAUCAGUUAUUGGCUGAGGCUAUGGAGAGAAGUCUGCAUGACUAUAGUGAUGAUGUUGGACACACAGCUAAUGAUGGCGGACAGACAGCUAAUGAUGGCGGACAGACAGCUAAUGAUGGCCAUGAAGGGACAUCUGAUGUAUGUAACAUAUCAAUUGGAGCUGAGAGUUUCCCAGUAUCAACACAGGGAUUGACACAGAUGAACGUACCACCAGGGUUUGACAGAGUUGCUGGAAAGUUAUGGAUCUAUCCCACCAACUACUCCGUUAGAGAAUACCAAUACAAUAUAGUUGGUAAGGCCUUGCUGAAGAAUACCAUGGUAACGCUGCCAACAGGUCUAGGAAAGACAUUUAUAGCUGCUGUUGUGAUGUAUAACUUUUAUCAGUGGUAUCCCCAAGGAAAAGUUGUAUUUAUGGCUCCAACCAAACCAUUGGUAGCACAACAGAUUGAAGCCUGCUACAAUAUAAUGGGUAUACCACAGGAAGAUACUGCAGAAAUGACAGGCACAAUGGCACCUACAGAGAGGAGAAGAGUUUGGAUGGAAAAGAGAGUGUUCUUUUUGACACCUCAAGUCAUCAUGAACGACUUAAGCAGAGGAACCUGUCCUGCUGUAGAUGUUAGAUGUCUGGUUAUAGAUGAAGCUCACAAAGCUACAGGCAACCAUGCUUACUGUCAGGUUGUUAGAGAAUUGAUUAAGUACACAUCAGAAUUCCGUAUAUUGGCUUUGAGUGCUACGCCUGGAGGUGAUAUUAAGGCAGUACAACAGGUGCUUGCUAACCUAUUGAUAUCACACAUAGAAAUACGUACAGAGGAAUCCACAGACAUUAAGCCAUACUCUCAUGAAAGGAAAGUUGAUAAGAUAGUUGUCCCAUUAGGAGAUGAAUUAACAAGUGUCAAGAAAAAAUAUGUCCAGAUUUUGGAUGUUACCAUAAACAAAUUAAAAAGACAUGGUGUAAUAUACAACAGAGAUACAACUAGUUUUUCAAAGUUCUUAAUUUUAAAAGCAAGAGAAGACUUUAGACAGAAUCCACCACCCAAUUUACAGAGAAACAACUAUGGUAUGGUAGAAGGAGAUUUUGCUCUAGCUUUAAGUUUGUACCAUGGCUUUGAACUGCUCCAGUUGCAUGGAUCAAGAUCAUUAUUUAACUACCUUGAUGGAAUAUUACAUGGAGACAAAGGUUAUGGCCGUACAAAAACAGAAUUACUGAGGAAUCAUGACUUUAAUGAAUUGAUGGAUUUGUUAAGAGAAAAGUUUGCACCACCUGACUGCAGGCCAAGUCAGAGCAGUAAAAAGCCUCUGGUAACAGGUCAUCCUAAGAUGGAGAAGUUAGAACAAGUGGUACUUGAUCAUUUCAAUACAUUCAACUCAGGUAGAACUUUAAUAAAAAGAGAUGGUGAGACUAGAGUGAUGAUAUUCUCCCAGUAUCGUGACAGUGUAUCAGAAAUCACUAAUAUUUUAAAACAGCAUCACCCCCUGGUUAAAGUGAUGAGUUUUAUUGGCCAGUCCUCUGCUGGAAAGUCUACCAAAGGAUUUACACAGAAAGAACAACUACAGGUAAUGAAAGAUUUCCGUGAGGGUGGUUAUAACACCUUGGUGUCAACAUGUGUUGGUGAAGAGGGUUUAGAUAUUGGUGAUGUAGACCUUAUUGUAUGCUUUGACGCCCAUAAGAGUCCGAUACGUCUGGUACAAAGAAUGGGAAGAACUGGCAGAAAACGAGAAGGACGUAUUGUAAUGCUUGUUACCGAAGGCAAAGAAGAACAGAUUUAUAAUCAGAGCCAGUAUUCAAAGAAAAGUAUCCAUAAAGCUAUAUUAAAUAGUGCAAAGACGUUACAUUUCUACCAGAAUAAUCCUGCCAUGGUACCAGAUGACUGGACACCAAAAUGUCAUAAAAUGUUCAUCACUGUUAGUAAGAAAUUUAAACCUUCAAAGGCAGCGACUACAUCCAACCAGAACAAAAUUACCAGCAUGAUUGCUUCACAUGACAGUAAGAGUAAUGGAGAUGGUGGGAUAUCAAAGGAAGAGUAUGAAGAGUUAAAAAGAUUCUAUGAUGGUGACCCAUCCACGAAAACAUUAUCAGAGAAGUCUACUAUGCUUUGUUUAGGGGAAACCAAUCAGACUGAAACUGAAAGUCACCUAUCCUUGUCAGAUUGGUUUCCAUGGCAAAAUAGACAGCAACCAACAUUUGUUGUUGAUCAUUCAAACCUAACAAAGAACUUUGUAGAAAUGGUACAGUUUCUAGAGUUACAAGAGGCUUUAGAUCCUAAUGAAGACAACUACGGCCAGGAAAUGGAAGUUUUCCUGAAUGAGGCUGAUAUCUUAAAACCAGGUCAAAAUGAUGAAGACGGUGGAAAUAUUAGGCAAUUCUUUGUUGGCAAUGACACCACCAUAAAACAUGGAAAGAAAAAGAAGUCUUUAUAUAUUCAAAAUAAACCAAGAAGAAGUGAUCAGCUGCCAGAGUUUGAGGCAUUUGUCGUAUCAGGUGAAAGUGAUGACGAUGACCUUCCAGCAAUUUUUGACAAAAAGGAUGACAAGGAUGAUGAACAUGUUGCUAAAAUUAAAGCUGUUGAAAUAACAAAAGCGUACAGAAAAAGUAUAUGCAUAGAUGCAAAUUUGAAUAGGAGUGAGAAAAAGCAUAAACAAAAGAAAAGGAACUUUAGUGGGAACAUUUCAGUGGUUGAAGUGAUUGCUGACACUGAUGUUAACGAUUUCGUAGAAACUGAUUUCGUAGAAACUGUUCCUGAAUUACCUGUCAUUGAUGAAGAGAGCCAAGGAGGUAAAUCAAAUGAAGAUAGUAAUGAGAUUAGGGAUGAAGAUAGUACACAUGUACAAAUAGAUAUAGAACAAGGCUCCAUGUCUAAAAUGGAGGCUUCUGACUUUGAGAAAAUAUCUGAAAUGAAAGCUAAAUCACAAGAUGAAUGUUGUGAAGAUUUUACAAAACUUUUACCAAUAUUUUUCACAAUGCCUGUAGACAUUGUUUCUCCACAGAAAAUAACAGAAACAAAUCAAGAAGUAUUUCUUGUGCCUGAUGCUCCUUCAAUAGAUGAACUUGAAGUAUUAGUUGAAAAUAUAAAUAAUUUGACAACACUGCCAAAAUUAGAUAUGGCACAACUGGUUGAAGAGUGGACAUUAGAAUAUUCUGGCUUGAAUACAAAGCAUACAAGUAAGAUUGAAAAAAAGAAUAGCAAAAAUGUUGAACAUAACAAAAGCAGUCUAAAAUAUUCAGAUGUAUGUGGUGAUAAAACAUCUGAACAAGAUAUGGGUGAAAAAGGAAAUUUAGGCAAAGAUAUUGAUGCAUUUGGUGAAUCUUUUAAUCUAUCAACUAAUGGCAGCUUUCAUCAAAAGCAAACGGUCAAUUUUAAUAUGGACAUAUCAAGUGAUUUUGAUAGCCCUAUUAAACCACUAACAAAUAAACCAAAUAAAAGUAAAAGGACUAGUCCUACAGUGCAACAUAAUACCAGUACCUCUGAUAAUUUAGAACAUAGAAUAAGAGAUAGCAGUGCACAAAGUGAUUUGGCUAAUAACAAUAAAGAAAUGACAGAUCUUGCUGAAGAACCAACACACAAGUUAAAUGAAAAUGAUGUUGAAAUGGAAAUUGAUUCUUUUUCUGGAUCAGAUGACUUCCUGGACACUCAGUCAAAUUUUAUGCUGGCUAGUGAUGAUUUUUUUAAAGAAAUAAAUUCAGAUGAAAGUAAUGAAGGAAUUAAGAAUAAAGAUUCAUCAUUGAAGCCAAGUCAAUGUGUAGAACUUUUUAGAGAAUCUGUUAGCUGUAUUGAAAAGCAAAGAACAGGAGAAGCCGAAUGCAGUAAAUCUUCCAGUUCUAACAAUAAAAAGUUAAGUUCAUGCAAAUCUAUGGACAUUUCUCUAUUUGAUGAUUCAUUUAUGAAUGAUAGUGUUCUGGAGGCUAUAAAGACACAAGCUGUUGUUGAGGAAAAUGCUAGUCAGUCUACAGGAAGAAUUAUGUCACCUUCACAGUAUACUUUCAGUCAAGCUUUAGCAUUUGUUCAUGAUAGUGAUAGUACGGACAAAAGUUCUGGUGAAAGGGAACAGAGUGGAACAUUUAAAGUUCCAAUUGAAAAAGAAAAGGACAAUAUGAAUGUGAAUUUCUUAUUUAAACAAAAGAAAAAUGCAAAAUUUAUAAAUGAUGAAAGCAUUUGUUCAAGUACUUUUGACCAUCAGAAAAAUAAAGCUGCUGUUGAUUGCCCUGGAGCAUUUACUGCUAUUAAACCUCAUGAUAAAUUGGACACGUCACAACUUAAUUUGAUUAAUGAAAUUGUGAAUAUGGAUAACGUGGAUGCUUUCAGUGAUGAUGGGGAGGAGUCAGAUGUACCUCUCUUUGACCUUGGCUUUGAUGUUGACGACGAUAUCAUUCCACCAUCACCAUGUUUGAGUGAAACAACUUCACAGAAAUCUGUUCUUAAAAAUCUAGGUCAAAGUUUUCUAUCUAGUAGGAAAUCUUUGUCAUUCAUGUGUGACAAAUCACGAUUAAUUGGAUUUAAAAACUCUACUGUCUUAAAACCUGCUUUGUCACCUGCAGGAGAGGAAGAAGAACUAGAACAGGAAGAUGGUGACGACCUUGAAACGUCGAAUACCAAAGUUGAUGAAGUUUCUAAGGGUAAUAAAAGAAAAUCCUCAACUUUUUCAAGAAAGGAAGAUCCAUUUAAUGUUAAUCCAGUGAAUUUUGAUGCUGGGGAUAACGAGUUAACUCAGCAAAAUGAGGACGAAAAUAACAUCAAUUUGAGUGACCUUCAUGGUGACUUUGAAAUGCCAUCCUCUCCAGUGUUAUCUGGUAAAAGACCACUCAGUCAGAAACCAGUCUUUUCAUCAUUGAAUCUUGAAAUAAAAUCACCAGAUGGUCUGAAAUCUGAUUUCUCGGCAAUGGAUCUUCCUGAACAGGAAUCACCCUUGAAAUUAAAAUCUCCCUUGAUAAAUCUGUCAAUUCAGGACUCUCCUUCUAUGGACGACAGUUUUGUAGUGAGGAAAAAACGUAAAAAGACACUCAUAAUAGACUCACCAAUAACUCCUGACCUAAGGAAAAAAGAUGAUUUUGAUGAUUUUAAAACACCAUUAAGACCAGUUACUGCUAGAGUUAAGAAAAAUAUUUCCUCAACUUCUAGUGAAGAAGAAAGUAUACUAAAAAAGAAGAAACCAAAAAAGGCUGUUUCGUUUUGUGUAGAUGAUUUACUUGAUGAUGAAAGUGAUUUUGAAGACAUUAUGAGCAUCAAAAAGGAUAAGAGAAACAAAUCUACUGACAAUGAGACAAAAACCUCUGACAGCAACAAAAGGGAUUCAUCUGAAAAUAAAAAAAGAAAAUCCAAGUCUCCCUCUAAUCCUUUUUUGGUAGAUGAAGCGGAUGUGUCUGAAGAUGAGGAAGCUUCUACAGAUGAGGAGGAAGGUAGUGAUUUAGAUCAGAUGGAAGAAAGUUUUGUUUCUGAAGGUUGUACUCAACUUUCUCAAGGUCAACAUGAGGAACUUCAGGCCAUCUACUUAAAGUCAGUACGUAGCCCAACAGGUCAGGGUGGUAAAUUUAAACUUAAAUAUGACUAUGAUGAUAAUAUUGAUGUGUAUUCUCAGGUUCCCCAAGAUGAAGAGUCACAGUAUUAUGAUGAUAGUUUUGUUUGUGAUGAGGAAGAGGAGCAUGAUCUUCUGGAGGGACAUGAAAUCACCAUAUUAGAUAAAGGCAAUAUCAUUGACAAUGAAUCAUUUGCUGGACCAAGGACAAGAUGGUCAAAACCUGCAAGACAUAAAGUGAUGCCCACUGUGAAACCUAUCAAGCGAAAGAGGGUAAAAAGAAUAGCAGAUUCUUCAAGUGAGGAUGAAUCUGAAAACCAGAACAUGAAUUUUAUGUCACCUGCAGAUCCAGGAAGAAAAUUCCUAGAUUCUCCUGCAAUGACUCAAGGGCAUGGUACAGUCAGUUCAAGAUCAAGUAAUAGAAACAGUCGUCAGUUGUUAUCAAGCAGUGAUGAUGAACAGAAAGAGGAAGUAAUAUCACCAGAAAUUAUGUGUUCACUUAAAAGUAGAAUAAAAACUAACAAACAAAACUUAGCGAAUGUUACAAGUAAUCAGCUCUCAGAUUCUCGAAUAUUAGACGCUAGUGCAGAUAUGACAAUAUCAAAAGAUAAAGAAGAACGUAUUAGAAGACAAAAAGAAAAACAGGAAGAAUUUCGUAAACAAUUAAUUGCUAAGCAACAAAAUAAUGAGUCAGUAGACAAAACUAAUAGUUAUUGUGAUGAUACUGCUUUAUUGACAAGGAAAGAUUUAACAAUUACAGAGGAAAGUUCACUACUUACAGAAGACAGUGACUUAUUGUUGAAUACAAUGAAAUCGUCUAAUAACAAAUCUGUGAUAAUCGUGGAUUCACGUGAAAUAAAUGGUGCUCAGGACAUUGUUUCUACUUUACGAUUCAAUCAUAACAUAAAUGUAGUUGCUGCCCAGUUAGACAGCUGUGAUUAUGUUGUCAGUGUCCGCAUGGGAGUAGAUCGUAAACAAUGGUCUGAAUUCAGCAAUGGAACAAAUCGUGCUAAAAUGACAGAACGUUUGCUGGACAUGUGUGACUUUUAUGAGCAACCUUGCCUUAUCAUUGAGAAAGAUAAAUGUAAACCAGAAGAAAAAGGUAGAAUAUUACACUGGACUAAAUAUGUUGAUAAAACUUUAGUUCAUUUGAUUCAGUCUAAAAUGACAUUGUUUUUUACGGAAAAUCAGUUGGAAACUGCAUCUAUCGUAGCCGAUUUAUGUCAACUUGAGAACAGAAAGAACUGUGCAAUAUCUUGUCCCAUUAAUUUGAGUACUGAUCAGCAGAACAGGGUUAAGUUCUAUAGAUCUAUACCUCAUUUAUCUUACGUUCAUUGUCUGUUUUUGUGCAAUAAUUGCAAAACUGUGGCAAGCUUUUUAUGCAGUGAUGUGAAAACUAUAAUGACUAAUGGCAAAAUGACAGAGGAACGAGCUUCUAAUGUUUUUAAUUAUAUCAGAAGAACGUUUGAUACUCAGAUGUUACCAUCAAGUUAUGGAUAAUAAAAGCCAAAUUCAUA